CAUCAAUGGCGCCUCUAUUAAAGGAAAGAAAGCCCCGUAGGGAGAGGAGAGAGAGAAUCCGAUCCCCGUUUGAGCUGAAAAGAUAAAAGAGAGAGAAAUAUAGCAACCGACACCUGUCACCUUCUCUUCUCCUUCCUGUGAUCCCUCCCGUCUCUUCCUCCCCCGAUCAGCAGGAGGCUCAACGCCUCGAUCCCUCCCUUCCUCUCGCCACCAUGGCCAGCGGCGGAAGCAGCCCCUCCGACACCCCCGGCGCCUCCUCCCCACCGCCCCCCGCCCAGCAGCACAAGGAGAAGCAGAAGGAGAAGGCCCGGGUCAGCCGCACCUCCCUCAUACUCUGGCACGCCCACCAGAACGACGCCGCUGCCGUCCGCAAGCUCCUUGAGGAGGAUCAGUCCCUCGUCCACGCCCGGGACUACGACAACCGGACCCCCCUCCACGUCGCCUCCCUCCACGGCUGGAUCGACGUCGCCAAGUGCUUGAUCGAGUACGGCGCCGAUGUCAACGCCCAGGAUCGCUGGAAGAACACGCCUCUAGCCGAUGCAGAAGGAGCAAAGAAAUACAGCAUGAUCGAGCUGUUAAAGUCAUACGGUGGCUUAUCUUACGGGCAAAACGGGAGCCAUUUUGAACCAAAGCCUGUGCCACCUCCAUUGCCAAAUAAGUGUGAUUGGGAAAUUGAUCCUUCUGAGUUGAAUUUCUCAAAUUCGAAUGUUAUAGGAAAGGGUUCUUUUGGAGAAAUUCUUAAAGCAGGUUGGCGAGGUACACCAGUAGCAGUGAAACGAAUUCUUCCUUCUCUUUCAGAUGAUAGAUUGGUUAUUCAAGACUUCAGGCACGAGGUAAAUCUACUUGUGAAGCUCCGCCACCCCAAUAUAGUGCAAUUUCUGGGAGCUGUCACUGAGAGGAAGCCUCUUAUGUUAAUCACUGAGUAUCUACGAGGGGGUGACCUUCAUCAGUAUCUAAAGGAGAAAGGUGCUCUCAGCCCUUCAACCGCUGUUAACUUUGCACUGGAUAUUGCCAGGGGCAUGGCUUAUCUACACAAUGAGCCGAAUGUCAUCAUUCACCGGGACCUAAAACCAAGGAAUGUACUUUUGGUAAACUCCAAUGCUGACCACUUGAAAGUAGGAGAUUUUGGACUGAGCAAACUCAUUAGGGUUCAGAAUUCUCAUGAUGUCUACAAAAUGACGGGCGAAACAGGGAGCUACCGCUAUAUGGCUCCAGAAGUUUUUAAGCAUCGGAAGUAUGACAAAAAGGUUGAUGUAUUCUCCUUUGCAAUGAUACUGUAUGAGAUGCUCGAAGGGGAUCCACCCCUAUCAAAUUAUGAGCCAUAUGAAGCUGCUAAGUACGUGGCAGAAGGUCAUCGACCUAUAUUCCGAGCAAAAGGAUACGUUCCUGAAUUGAGAGAAUUGACAGAGCAAUGUUGGUCUGCUGACAUGAACAAGAGACCGCCAUUCUUGGAUAUUCUCAAGAGGCUCGAGAAAGUCAAAGAAAAUCUGCCUUCGGAUCAUCACUGGAACAUAUUCACUGGAUAGUGACUGUAUGGACAAAACCAUUACGUUUUUGGAUCUGUAAGUCCCACACUGCAUACUCCAUCAAAGGCUUGUGAAAAGGCAGCACUUGAAGCUUGCGGGGAAUGCAUUUGCCUUUGACAGAGAUGAUAUGGAAGCCAGACGUUUAAGUCCCUUGAAUCUUGCGAGUUCUUUUUUAUGGUUCAACUGUAACUUAGCUAUUCAACUGUCGCUGCAGGCCACCUAGAAGUUUGUAUUGAAUGGGAAUAUACUUUUACUCGCUCCGCCGAUUGUUUUUCCUCUCGUUUCUCUUUGUACUUCCUCUUCUGAGACGAUUGGUUGUCUUAUCUUUUGUAAAGGACGAAGUAGACUCAUUAUAUAUACCAUUUGUGCGUGUUUCAUUAA